AAAAAAAUAUUAGGUUAAAUUAAAAGGAUUUAUUAAAAAAUUGAAAUUUCGAGAUCUUAAAAUUAAGAUAAUAGUUUAGUUGAGAAUGUUUUUAUAAUUAUUAUUAAAUAAAACUUUAUUAAAUGUCAAGUCUUAAAGCAGCAAGGGCAGAUAAUUAUUAUUAUCCAAAAGAUUGGGAUCCUUCAAAAGUUAAAAAAAUAUCAAGGUUUUUUAAGUAAACAAAAAAAGGGAAGUUUAAAUAAAUUUCAAAAAUCACAUCCACUUGGUGACAGAGCGAAAAAAAUAGAUUAAGGAAUUUUAGUAAUAAGAUAUGAAACACCAUUUCAUGUUAAAUGUGAGAAAUGUCAAAAUAUGAUAGCAAAAGGAGUUAGAUUUAAUGCUGAAAAAAGCAGAAUCGGAAAAUAUAUGUCAACUACAAUAUGGCAGUUUGUUAUGAAUUGCCCUGCUUGUUCAAAUAAAAUAAUGGUACAUACUGAUCCUGAAAAUACAGACUACAAGUAUGUUGAAGGAGCUAAAAGAAUAUUAAAUACUGAAAAAGCAAAAGAUGAUGUAAUUUUUAUGAGAGACGAAUAAGAUCGGGUCAAAUUAUAAAAUGAUCCUUUUUAUAAUUUAGAAAACAAAAUAGAAGACUAAAAUAUACUUUUAAAAGAAAAGCCAAGAAUAAAUAAUUUAAUAGAAAUUUAGAAAGUAAAAAUAAAAAAAUAAUAAGAAAAAAAAGAAGAAGAAGAAAAAAAGCCUAAAAAUUUCGGCAUUUAAUUAUUAACUGUUAAAGACACAGAUAUUGGAUAUACAAAAUAACAAGUAGCAUAACAUAAUAAUGAAAAUGAUGCAUGGAUAAUAAUAUAAAAUAAAAUAUACGAUGUAACUGGUUAUUUGAAUUAUCAUCCAGGAGGCAAACAUAAGCUUAUGUUAGGUGUAGGAAAAGAUGGAACAAUGUUAUUUGAUAAAUAUCAUUCAUGGUUUAAAUAAAUGGAAAAUUUAUCUAGAUUUGAUGAUUAUUAUUUUACUAUAUGUAAAGAAACAGGAGGUAUUGAAGGAGUUCUUCAUUCUAUGUUUAAUUUUCUUUAUAGGCGCACUGAUUUUUUUUAUGAAGCUGAUCCAGGAGACAAAAUGGGCUUUUUGCCUGGGGUUUCAUAAUAAUUAUUGAAUAAAAUAUUCAUGUAAUACCAAAACGAACACUAUAAACGUUUCCCUAAAAAAGAUCUUUAAGAAUCUGCAAAAAAAUUAGAAGAAUAUAAAAAAAAGUUAGAAGAAUAAAAAGAUAUUUAAAGAUAGAAUACAUAAUAAUAAUAAACGAAUGUAUAAUAAAAAUAAAUAAAUUCUUAAUAAAAUUAAGAAAAAUUAGUUGAUAAAUAAAAUUAAAAUAUUGAAAUAAAAAAUAAUCCUUUGGAAUCUUAAAAAUAAUCAAAUAUGGAAGAAAAUAAAAAUGAAUAUGAAAAAAAGCAUGUAUCUUUAUCAAUUUCUACAUAUAAUGGAGGAGUAAAUGAUAAAUAUAAAUGGUCUUAAAGUAUAACUGAUGUUACUGUAGAAAUAUAGCUUCCUAAAAAUACAAGAGCUAAAGAUGUAAUAAUAUAUAUUAUUUUAUAAUUUUUAAAAAGAUAAAUUAUAAAGUUAAUAGUAAAUUUAAAUUAAGAUAAAUUUAGCAUUAAAUUGAAGAAAACAAAUGAAAUAUUAAUACAAGGCGAAUAUUAUGAAAAAAUAAAAAUAGAUGACUCAACCUGGAAUAUUGAUGAUGAUUUUAAAUUUAUACUUACACUCGAAAAAGGAAUCGAAACAAUUUGGAAAACUGUAUUUAAAGGAGAUCCUGAAAUCGAUGCUACAAAAGUUGAUAAUACUAAGCCUUUAGAUUCAUUUGAUAAUGAAACUUAAAGUGCUCUUAGAAAAAUAAUGUAUGAAUAAUAAAGAAAACAAAUGGGAUUACCAACAUCUGAAGAAGAAAAAUAAUUGGAACUUCUUAAAAAUGCUUGGAAUGCAGAAGGUUCACCUUUUAAAGGACAACCUUUUGAUCCUAGUAAGCUUAAUAUGAAUAUGGGAGGAAUGAAUAUACCUUCUUAAUGA